AUGAAUUGGGCAUCAUUUCAGCGAGCUAUCCAAGAUCACCUUGGUUCCUGGAAGGAGCUCAGGCCCAUCUUCACAUCGCUCAAUGGAGACAAUUCGUGGCUCAUGUCCUUUCCGCGCCCCGAAGAGGAGCGACGGAGGGACGCCAAAGCAUUCUAUCACGUCGUUUUUGAACCCUGGCUAGCGGGGCCUGCUAGUCUUCUUUCUAACUGGUUUCUAUCCAUUUCAUUGAGUGUGGCGCCCGCACUAUCUCAGGCGCAUCACAUAGAAGCUGUCAUAGGCCUGAUCGAAACGACCGUAUCCAGUUGUUUGCAAGACUUCACUAGACAUAUUUCACGUUACUCCGCAAAGUCCGAGGGAGCGCAAGAAGUGGAGUACGAUGGGGGCAUGGAUGCCAUCCUUCUCGGGUUUCACUACCUCGACCACACCCACGAGGCCACUCUCUGGCUGUUCAAUAAGGCCAUCCCGACCCACAUCAGCCAGGAUCUUGAUCAAAAUGGCGAGGAAAUCCACGAAACUAUCCUCAGCUCGCCGCACGGAACUCAACUGGAUGGUGGUCCGCUGGACACGUUCCUGAACGCGUCGCCGCCGACGCAGAAACUUGCUAUGCUUCACGGACUAAAGGAGAGUCGCGCAGCAGGGAAACAGAAUACCUUUGGAGUCAAGGGGGGGCUCACCCUAUAUCGCAAGGUCGGGGGUGUGAAGCAUUCGAUCCUGUCUCACCACUCGGAGCUCCAAUACAGUGGUCUCCUUAUGAAGCUUCUCCGCACGAAUGAUACCCAGCGUACUCUCGACUGGGGGGAUCGAGGAGGAAGCGAAGUCCACGCCUCCGGAGGCCCGUGCUGGGCUAGUGAGACCAAGGGUUGUCGAGGUGGGAAAUGGGAACUGCUUUAUCUUGGAUUCCUGGGAUGA